UAUUCAAUAAUCACUUCUUUUUCUCUAUACUAUUGGUUAAAAAUUCUAACCAAAAAAGAAAAAGAAAAAGAAAAUGUUGAACACAUCCACCAAUAAUAUCAACUUAUUAUUACUACCAAAGCCUUUUUUAGGAGAAAAAGGUGAACAAAAUAAUGUUCAACUGUUUAAUUCUUCUAGGGUUCAUAAGGCAUCAUCACUUGGUGCAUUAUUUUUGUCAAGAAAGUUGUAUGGUAGUGAUGGUGAUGUAACUAGGGCACAUUGUGCUCGAAACGGUGGCCGCCUUAGAGUUAAAGCAGUAGCAACCACAGAUAGUGAACAAGCUGUGAAAGUUAAGGCCACCAUCUCGGUAAAACCAACUGUUGGUGGGUUUUUGACCAACGUUGGCUUCACCCGAGGGCUUGAUGAUAUUACUGAUGUGCUUGGUAAAACCCUCCUCUUGGAGCUUGUUAGUGGUGAGACACAAGAAAAAACGGGAUUGGAGAAGGCAACGAUCAAAGGAUACGCCCAUCGUUCAAAGUCGUCCGAGGAUGGAAUAGUGAAAUAUGAAGCUGAUUUUGUGGUUCCACCAGAAUUUGGAGAAGUUGGUGCUGUACUUGUCGAAAAUGAACACCACAAUGAGAUGUUCCUCACCGAGAUCCACCUCGACGGGUUGCCAUUAGGUUCAGUACAUUUUUCUUGCAAUUCAUGGGUGCACGCUAAGUAUGACAACCCUGAAAAAAGAGUCUUCUUCACUAAUAAGUCGUACUUGCCAUCACAAACACCAAGUGGAUUGAAGAAGUUAAGAGAUAAAGAGCUUGAAAAUAUGAGAGGGGAUGGAAAAGGAGAACGUAAGAACUUUGAGAGAAUUUACGAUUAUGACACUUACAACGACCUUGGUGAUCCAGACAAAGAUGCCGCAUUGUUGAGACCAGUAUUGGGUGGUAGUAAAGAGCUUCCUUACCCUAGACGUUGUAGAACAGGACGUCCUCCUACUAAGACAGAUCCAAGCUCAGAGAGCAGAGCCAACAGUGUAUAUGUACCUAGAGAUGAAACAUUCUCCGAGUUGAAGCAGACACAAUUCGGGUUCAAAACCGUGUACUCGGUGUUACACGCCGUUGUACCAUCAUUAGAGACCGCGAUGGUUGAUCCCGACCUCGGUUUUCCAUACUUUACGGCCAUAGACUCGCUCUUCAACGAAGGCGUUAAUUGUCCCGGGUUGCAAAAACAUGGGUUCUUACCGGAUAUGUUGCCUAGGCUCAUUAGAGCUGUUUCGGACCUUGAAGAUAAUAUGCUUCGUUUUGAAGUCCCUAAGAUAUUUGAUCGGGAUAGAUUUUCUUGGUUUAGAGACGAAGAAUUCUCUCGUCAAACUCUUGCUGGCUUAAAUCCCUUAAGCAUCAAGUGUGUUACGGAAUGGCCGCUAAAGAGUAGCUUGGAUCCGAAAAUUUACGGCCCACCCGAAUCAGCUUUGACUACAGAGCUUGUGCAAAGUCAGAUAAAAGGAUCCAUGACUGUCGAGGAGGCUUUGAAAGAGAAGAAGUUGUUUAUAAUAGAUUACCAUGAUGCAUUUUUGCCUUAUGUGAACAAAGUAAGGGAGCUCAAGGGGACGACUUUGUAUGGAUCUCGAACUUUGUUUAUAUAUGACAAUGAAACACUUAGACCUCUAGCUAUUGAAUUAACUCGGCCUCCAUGUAAUGGGAAGCCUCAAUGGAAGAAAGUUUAUAUGCCGGGAACUAGUGCCACUUCUGCUUGGCUUUGGAAGCUUGCUAAGGCUCAUGUCCUCGCUCAUGACUCUGGCUAUCACCAACUUAUUAGCCAUUGGCUUAGAACACAUUGUUGCACGGAACCUUACAUAAUAGCAGCAAAUCGUCAAUUGAGCACAAUGCACCCAAUAUAUAGGUUGUUACAUCCUCAUUUUCGGUACACCACCGAGAUCAAUGCCCUUGCUAGAUUAGCUUUGAUUAAUGCAGGUGGUAUCAUUGAAAGUUCCUUCUCACCGGGGAAGUACUCUUUGGAGUUGAGCUCCGUUAUCUAUGGAUUGCAGUGGCGAUUUGAUCAUGAAGCCUUACCAGCCGACCUUUUAAGCAGAGGAAUGGCCGAAGAAGAUCCAUCAGCACCACAUGGACUAAAGCUAACAAUAGAGGACUAUCCAUACGCGAGUGAUGGCUUAGAGUUAUGGUCAAUUAUAAAGCAAUGGGUGACCGAUUAUGUGAACCACUACUACAAAGAUCCGAGCCUAGUAGAAUCGGACCAAGAGCUUCAAGCUUGGUGGACCGAGGUAAGAACCGUAGGGCACGGAGACAAGCAAGACGAGCCAUGGUGGCCGAACCUUAAAACAAACAAAGACCUAAUCCAUAUUGUGACAACCAUCAUAUGGGUGACUUCAGGGCAUCAUGCAGCCGUAAACUUUGGACAGUAUGCCUACGCGGGUUACUUCCCUAAUAGGCCUACUGUCAUGAGGGCUAAGAUGCCUACAGAAGACCCCACUGACGAGGAGUGGAAACACUUCCUCGAAAAGCCCGAGGAGACACUACUUCGAAGUUAUCCUUCUCAAAUACAAGCUACUAGGGUAAUGGCAAUAUUGGACGUGCUUUCGGGUCAUUCACCCGACGAGGAGUAUCUAGGUGAAAAUAUGGAGGCAUCUUGGGAGGAAGAUCCUAUGAUAAAGGCGGCUUUCGAGAAGUUUAACGGGAGAUUAAAGGAGUUAGAAGGGAUCAUCGACGAGAGGAACGCUAAUGAAGCUUUGAGGAAUAGAAAUGGAGCAGGUGUUGUGCCUUAUGAAUUGUUGAAGCCUUUCUCUACUCCUGGUGUCACUGCUAUGGGAGUUCCAAACAGCAUCUCUAUCUAAUAAUGUAAAACAUCAUUGGAAUAAAUAAUGAUAGAAUAAAAUGUAUGUAACACAUGUAGUUUAUGAAGUCUACAUACAAUAAUAGAUCUAUGCACAAGUACGUGUUACUCUAAGAUCCAUGAAAGUUGUUGGGACUUUUGAUUAUAGUAAGUUCAAUGAAGUAGUUGUGGCUUUGGUAAAGUACGUCUUUGCAGAAAUGAUUUCUCUCUUGAUCAUAA